AACAUUCUACGAUUAUUUAUGAAACUGUUAACCCACAUCCUCCAUCCGUGAAUGCUGCUAAUCCAGUAUUGUCUUCUCCUUUACUUCGAUUAUGUUUUAACAAAAUGGAACCCAAUUACUUGGCAACUUUCCAUAUGGAUUCCCUAGAUGUUCAAAUAUUAGAUGUAAGAGUUCCUGGUGUUCCCGUUGCAGAAUUAAGAGGUCACUCAGCGACCGUCAAUUGUGUUAGCUGGGCGCCAAAUCACAAUGGUAUUCUAUGUAGUGGCGGUGAUGAUUCUCAAGUUCUUGUCUGGAACAUUAAUGGAGUGCAGAUGGGAGGUGGCGGAAAACCAUAUAACAACGAUCCUAUCUUGUCUUAUAAAGCUGAUAGCGAAAUCAGUCAAUUAAGUUGGAGUUCUAGAUACCCAGACUGGGUGGCGAUAGGAUUUGGUAAUACC